UUUUUAUACUUUUCUUGCUCCUUUUCCGCUAUUACUUUGCGCAUAAGUUUUUAUUUUUUACGAAAAACUUUCAAACACCCUAAUUCAUCCCCCUCUUAGGGUGUAAACCGACUUUCAAUUGGUAUCGGAGCAAGAAGUUUAAUCCUUUCACACCUAUCUUUUAAUUCCUCUUACGACACAUGGAUUCAAUGAACUCCCAAAGCAUUACCAAGCCACCAUUCUUCAAUGGGGAUAACUAUGGCUAUUGGAAAAUGCGAAUGGAGAAUUUCAUUCAAUCCAUUGACUAUGAUUUAUGGAUAGUCACUACUCAUGUUCCGUUUGUUCCUAUGACAACUGUAGGUGAACAUCAAGUGCCUACACCAAUGGACAAGCUCACAUCUGAUGACAAGAAAAAACUCUCCUUGAAUGCCAAAGCAUUAAGCGUGUUGUUUUGUGCCUUGGGUCAAGAUGAGUUUGCUAGGGUGAGCUCUUGCAAAUCUGCAAAGGGAGCAUGGAAGCUCCUAGAAGCCACCCACGAAGGAGAUAAAGACACCAAAGCUACCAAGAUAGCUUUAGGAACAUCCGACCUAUACUCUCAUGAGCUUCUUUUAAGGAAAAUGAAGGAAGAAGAACAGGUUCAUAUCAUCAAGAAGACCAUGGCGCUCAAAAUCGAUGAUCACCCGGAGAGCGAAGGAGAAAGUGAUGAGGAACUUGCCAUGUUCAAGAGAUACAAAAAAUUUAUGAAAUGGAAAAAGGGCGAAUCCUCAAAGAGAUUCCCACCAAAGAAAGGUAAAUCUAAUCAAAUAACUUGUUAUGAAUGUGGAAAUGUAGGACACGUCAAACCGGAGUGCCCAAAGCUCAAAAAGAAGGAAGAGCUUAAAAAGGGGAAGAACAAGAAAAUGCAAAUGCUUGCUUCAUGGCCUCAAACGAUGAAGAAGAGGUUCAUUCUACUAAAAAUCCUCAAAGAAAAUGUCAUUCCCGUCCUUAACAAGGAUAAACAAGUCGGGAAUUAUGAAUACACUCUCCUAUACCUCCUCCUCACUCGCAAGAAAAUCAAUCUCCCUUCCAUCAUCAUUCAACACAUGUACGAGUGCUCCGGUCGCCAAAACAAACCCUACGGCAUGCUCCUUACUCACAUCUUUGCCAAACAAGGCAUUCUUGAGGUGCGUCCUUCCCGCGUCCGAUAUCUUGACACGGAGUGCCUUGGGUAUUGUGGCCUCAUAAAGAUCGGAGAGGAAUACUACAUGAAGAAGGAAUUCCAAAAGCUUGAUGCGGCAACACGAGCGGAGUAUGGCCCUCGACGAUCUAUGUCAUCCUUGCCUUUCACUUCUCAAGCACCCGAUGCCGAAGCAAAUAACACCACGGAGGUUCCCGUUCGUGCUCCUAGGAUCAAACGCUCCAAGUCGGCGUCUCAUGCUUCCUCGGCCUCUCUCUUGCAUCGUCAUUCCCACAUGGCCUCCACUUCCAAAAAUCCCUUCAAGAAGUUCAAGAAAUUCAUUCUCAAGAGUGUGGUGGCUCCGAUGAGGAAACUUCAAGAGAGUCUCGAUGACCUCUCGGAUCGCAUGAAGAAAAUGGAGGAGCGUGAGGCUCGCCGAAAGCAACAAGAGGAUCGUGCUUCUAGACGUGGCUAAGUGUUGAGCAUUUGACAAAGUGAUCAAACAUUAUCUCUCUUAUGUUUUAAAAACAAUUAUGUAUUUUGAUUAAAGUUUCAAAACCUUU